UCAUCACUAUCCAUCCCCCGUCCAUCUCUCCCUGUCGACAAAGGAAAGGACACACAUUGUUCUCCCUGUUUCGUUGGUUGAUCUUUUGCGUCGUCGGCUUCAUCGUUUGCCGUUUUCGCGACCACGGAGUUAAAAAAAAAAAAAAUCCAAUUUUUCCGUCGCCUUUAUCAGAUCAACAAAAAAAACCGCGCAAAAGUCCAAUCCCUCCUUCGACUCAAUUAAAAGAGAAAAAUAACUCCCAGCCAAAAUCCGUCCUUUUUAUCAUUUGGGGAGGGUUUUUCUCAUUUCAAGAUUUCUUUGCUGUGUAUUUUAUUUGGUAUAGGCAGCCUUGAAAAUCGUAACUUCUUGCCCUGGGAUCAAGUUCGGAGUUGAAACUUAUUCGAAAGAUACAGCCUGUGAAACGUGAAUUAUCCUUCCUUGUCGAUCCUAGACUUUUCUUAAAAACCAGGUGUUCAUCGCUCGUCUCUCCUUAACGACCCCCUACGAGUUCAAGUCGCAACGGCCGUGUUCGAAGAAUACCAACGCAUUACAAGGGUUUAUUUGGGCGCAAGAGGUUCCUAGCACUUCGUCUCUUACGUUUUCUUCGAUUUUCAUCGAUUCACCCACGUCGUCUUUUAAGUCUUUCUUCCCUGGUGUUGUAUAAUUCGCAUAUUUCGCACCUUUCUCAACCGUUCAUCAUCAUGUCGUUCCAGAACUUCGAUUCUUUCCAAAAUCAGCACGGCGCUGCUGAUGCUGCUACUGCCGGAACUGGUGCUCCUGCGCCCGCGGAAUCUGCUAUGGCUGGGCAGUCGGAUCCCUCUCCUGCUCCCUUUCAAGCCCCUGCUUCCGGCGAGCCUGCGUCGGGCUCUGCUCAGCAGGCCGGCGAAGCCAAAACCACGCUUUGGAUGGGUGAGCUCGAGCCCUGGAUUGACGAGAAUUUCAUCCGCAAUCUCUGGUUCCAAAUGGGGGAGCAAGUUAACGUCAAGAUGAUCCGCGACAAAUUCUCUGGGAAACAACAUGAAAGUUCACGCUCUAACAUUGAUAUCCCUAGAAGUAACGCCGGAUACUGUUUCGUCGAUUUUACUACCCCAGCUGCAGCAGCUAAGGCACUGACCCUGAGCGGAACUCCCAUUCCCAACACCUCGCGUACCUUCAAGCUCAACUGGGCUUCCGGUGGCGGUCUGGCUGAUCGCAGCCGUGAGGAACGUGGCCCUGAGUUCUCCAUCUUCGUUGGUGAUCUUGGUCCGGAGGUUAACGAAUACGUCCUGGUCUCGCUCUUCCAGAGCCGCUUCCCAUCUUGCAAAUCAGCCAAGAUCAUGACGGAUCCCAUCAGUGGCAUGUCGCGUGGAUAUGGAUUCGUGCGCUUUUCCGACGAGACCGACCAGCAACGCGCCCUCACUGAGAUGCAAGGUGUAUAUUGCGGCAACCGCCCUAUGCGUAUUUCCACUGCUACUCCCAAGAACAAGGGUGCUGGUGCUGGGCCUGGCGCAAUGGGUAUGCCUGGAGCUGGCCCCGCUGGUAUGUUUCCUCCUAUGGGUGGCCCUCCGAUGGGAUACUACGGUGCUCCUCAGCCAAUGAACCAAUUCACAGAUCCCAACAACACCACCGUGUUCGUUGGAGGACUUUCCGGCUACGUCACCGAGGAUGAACUUCGUUCUUUCUUCCAGGGCUUCGGCGAGAUUACCUAUGUCAAGAUCCCACCAGGAAAAGGCUGCGGUUUUGUCCAGUUUGUUCAGCGCCACGCAGCCGAGAUGGCCAUCAACCAGAUGCAAGGAUAUCCAAUUGGAAACUCGCGUGUCAGGCUUAGCUGGGGUCGUUCUCAGAACAAUUCUGGACCCGCUGGGUCACCUUAUCGCCCCGCUCCGCCACCACCCAUGUAUUCCUCCAUGGGUAUGCCACCUUCCCACUCAUAUGGUGGUGGCUUCGCGCCAAUGAAGUUGAACGUGUUUUACACUUCCUCUCUGUUGCCCCAGCACACCUUUUAA